UUUUCACGUCGCAGCUCUGUCUUUACAGGCCGACUCGCUGCGUCUGUUUGCGUGUCUCCAGCUAGGCUACAGAGUGAUGGCGGCGCCCGUCCUGAGAGUGUCCACCCCUAGGUGGGAAAGAAUAGCUAGGCUUCUCGUUUGCCUCCUGGGCAUCCUAAUCUCUCUGUAUGCUUUUCACGUCGAGAGGGAAAAGGGACGAGACCCGACUUAUACGGCCUUGUGCGACGUCAGCAGCUCCAUCAGCUGUUCAAAAGUGUUCAGCUCAAGGUGGGGUAGAGGAUUUGGACUCUUGGGCUCAAUAUUUGGAAACGAUAGUGCCCUGAACCAACCCAACAGUGUCUAUGGGGUCCUCUUUUAUGCCUUUCAGCUCCUACUAGGAAUGACUGUCAGUGCAAUGGCCGCCCUUUUUCUCAUGAUGACGUCCAUCUUGUCAGUGGUGGGCUCACUCUACCUGGGCUACAUCCUCUACUUUGUCCUGGAGGACGUUUGCAUCAUCUGCAUCACCACAUACGCGUUGAACUUCAUUCUCUUUAUUCUCAACUACAAGCGACUGGUUUACUUGAACGAGGCCUGGAAGCAGCAGCUUGAGGCCAAGCAGGACUAAGCUGCCGAGAAUGGCAGGAAAAUUAUACCAACGACAACAAAACAAAAAGAACGUGACCUCUGAACAUUUGACUUGCCACCAGGAGACCUUGCUUCCAAACAAUGUUUAUUCUGCUGUGUGUUAAAAAAAAUGAAGAAAAUAACAUAAAUGUGGGGCCUGACAUCUCAAUAAUGAUUGCAAACACUGAAGGAUUUGUAAAUGAAAGAUGAUUCCCCCCCCUUAUUUUGUCUCCUUGUUUAACCUUUUACUUUGGGGCCGUGUGUGUGUGUGCGUGCGUGUGUGUGUGCGUGUGUGUGUGUGUUUCCCAUGCGAGCUGAAGCAAAACGGAUUGCAGGACAGAGGAAGAAACGGAUCAUUUAAAGUGGUGUACUUGAAAUUGUAAAACUUUUUAUUGCUGCACUAAAACUCUGAGCUAAAUAUUCUAAAAUUAGACAAAAAGAACCCCACGCAUUUGGUUACCGGACAGUUUGCAGAAAAGUCUAUAAGGCAGGAUGGGUAGGGGGAUACUGAAAACAUCUAGUAUUCAUUUUGAUAUUUUUUCUCCAUGUUUACACUUUGUAGUUUUUAUUUUUUUGACAAGGACCACUAAAAUGAACAUGGGACAAUGUGAGAUAUUGUGUGUAGAUCAGAUUUGUCUUUUUUAUUUCUUUGCAAUUCUGUAAAUAGCUGCUGAGCAAUAUUUCAGGCUAGAUUGUGAUUUAGUGUCGACACAAUGAUUAAAAGAGAAAUGUAAACAACUGUGGAAGACGAGGUGAUCGUGUGAUUGGCUGAGUCUUGAGGAUGUGUUCUUCUGUUCCAACGUUCUGGUUUGAUCUAAGUGGAUUUAAUUUCUUUUCACAGAGUUUGCAUAAAGUCACCCCUCAUGUUUGUCUGUUUGUGUGUGUGUGUUGUGUGUGAAAUGCAUUCCUGACCACCACACACGUGGAAUCCAUUGAGACUUCUGUGCCUAAAGGAGUGUUAAGGUGAAUUAAAUAAGUGUAUUUGGGUGGGUAGAGUGGGUAAUGUCUACACAAUUUUAUAAUUUCCUCAUUGUUUUAUCGUUUCAGGGGCAUGGCUUUAUUUUUAUGAUCACAAUUUUGUAAAUAAAGAUACCAGUGAAGUGUUUCUCCCUGUCUGAAAUGGUCUCAUGAGGUAGCCAAAGGCUGCUACACUGUGAUUGUCUGCUCCAGGAGCAGAAGGCCCCGGUGGAUGAGGCAUCUCAUCCUGUGGUUACACUAACACUCAUCAGGCUUUUGCAUGUGAUGUCCACUGAACAGUAGCAGCGAUCUGAUCCAGCUGAGUUACAGUUCAUCUUCAGGGUGUGAAUAAAACAUAAAAAACAAUGGGUUUUUUUCUGGUUUGUUGACACAAACCGCACAAGUGAGAUCUGCUAUAAAAGUCAUUGUAUUUUUGUUGAAAAAUGUCCAUGUCCAUUGUGUCACAUCCAGAAUCAGGCCAAUCUAAACCAGUGUAAGGGGAAAACAUGCUGCUUCUAGAGGAGGAUAGUCUUUUCAUUCAUAAUUCAUCCUUGACCAUUAGACAUUCCUUCCAAGAUAUGUAAAGGGGUGGCUCAACUGUGGUAAUUGGUUGUUUUUUCAUGUUUUAGAAGAGAGGCGAUGAGACUUAUCUUGUCUGGAUGAUCAAUAAUUCACUUCUGGUGAAAAACUACAAUAAGCAGCCUUGGGAUUAAAAUUAAGGCCCUCUUUCUUUUUUUUUUUUUUUUAAAGGUUUUGGCAUUUUUUGAUCCCCGGUUUCCUACUUGAGUAAGUUAACUAGUUUCCAAAGCACGCCAUGUAUUUGUAGUUAUUAAAUUCAGAAGUGGGGUUGUUAGAAAACCAAACAAUUUCACCUUUUGUAAGUUAGCUCUGUGAACAGCCUCAGUUUGAAGAAACAGAUUAGCUCUGUCCAGCUACAUUUCUAAUCUAAAAAAAUAAACGAAUAAAUAAAAAUCAGCAAUCUUCACAAAUAAUAUCCUAAAAAAUGUAUGUCAUGAAUUUCACAAAGCAUGGUUAUUCUAGUAGCCAUUAGCUCAUCUGUUUGUUCAGGACUAAUCUCUGUUUAUCAAAACUGAGGUUGUUCAUUGCGCACUCUACAACAGGUGAGAUAUUAGUUCACACUGGUCAUAGAAACAUCACCGUCACUGUGAUGGAUACUAUUUUUCAUCGUCUCUAUAGCUGCAUUCUUUGCUGCGACGGAGAAGAAAAUCGUGUGAAUUUAGUUUUUUUAAAUUUUAACAUUAGUGGUUGUAAUGGAGCAAAAACAUUCAAACCAAUCUUUAGUUUUGCUUCGUCAGACUUAUUCUUUCUUAAGAAAAAUCUAAAAAACAAACCCAGAACCGACGUGUGUGUGCGUGUGUGUAAUCAGGCAUGAUCAAGGUUUAAUUAACCACCUUUUACUCCCAGGUCUAUGAAGCUGGUGUAGAUUGAUUUGGUGGACAAAUGUUAAAUAUUGAGUUUCUUGAUUUCACAGAGAUCCAUACUACGUUCUCAUCAAUGCUUACCGAGGCCCUGAGGGAUAACUGCCAUGUUAGUUGCAUCACCAAUGCCAACAAAAGUGCCUUCUGUUUGAUCACUAGGCCUUGAGCCAAAGAUAAGCAACAGUAACAGCCUUGGAAAACAGAGAAUGGUAACAGGCACUUCUGCUUGCUUUCCUGGGAUCAUAAAUUGGUAAUUCCCAAAGAUCUAUAAUCCAGUAACACCCUGUUAAACCACUGGCUGUUCUUUUCUAUUUGCGUUCUCCACUGUACACUCCUCCUGUUGUGAUCAUCUAGCUAGACCUGUUUGUUAGCUAGAAACCCGUUCUGUUCAAAUAAGAUUGUAAUACGCUUUUUUUCAUCAUCGUGCCCUUGUAUCGACUGUUAACAUUCUGGGUUAUUUUAGUAAAAACCGUGACUAAAGUUGAGGGGAUGCACAGACAGAAAUCAAUGUGUCAGCAAAAAAAAAGUCUAUUAAACUUCAUUGUGGAGGAAAAACUGGAUUGUUUCUGUAUUGCCAAAUAUAUUUAAUAUUUUAAAAUGCUGUAUUUUCUUACAUGGACAAGUGUUACAUGAAUGGUAGGAAGGAAGGCGCCAUAAAUCCAGAUUCAUUUGAGCACAUUUUGAACGGUCGUUAUGUGGAAAUGAUCUACCAUUAAAACAUUCCCUCUGAAA